UGACAAUAACACAAGGCGAUAAACUUUCAACAUUACUCACUACACACACAAAAGCAUGUCGAAUACACAAGAAAUCUAUAGCAAAGAUGUAAUCUACCGAUCUCCAAGGCCUCCAAUUUGUCUUCCCCACAACCCCAAAAUUUCAAUGAUCCCUUUUCUCUUUACAAAAUUCUCCUCCAUUUCCAACUCCCCUGCACUCAUUGAUGCACAAUCUGCCCAAACCUUAACAUUUUCCAACCUCAAAACUCAUGUUUCAAGGCUGUCCCGCGCCCUCCUCAACCUCAACAUCUCCAAACAUGAUGUCGUCCUCAUCUUGUCUCCUAACUCCAUCCAUUUCCCAAUCGCUUUCUUCGCGGUGGUGGCUGUUGGAGCCGUCGCCACCACCGCCAACCCACUAUACACAAAAGCAGAGCUUUCCAAACAGAUCAAAGACAGCAAUCCGAAACUGAUAAUCACAGUCCACCAACUCUAUGAUAGGAUCAAACACUUCAACCUUCCAUGUGUUCUACUAAACCAUAAUAAUCCUCGUACCUCAAGCGAUCCAAUGGUGCAUAGCUAUUCAGAACUGAUUCAAUCGCCAGCGACCACAUCAUUGCCCACAGUGAUGCAGAGUGAUGCAGCCGCAAUCCUGUAUUCAUCGGGGACAACCGGAGCAAGCAAGGGAUCUGUGCUGACACACAAGAACUUCAUGGCGUCGGCCCUGAUGAUGACAUCCGAUCAAAAAGUAUCAGGAAAUGUUUUUCUCUGCUUCCUUCCCAUGUUUCAUAUCUUUGGACUGUCAGCUGCGGUUUAUGCGCAGCUACAGAGAGGGAACACGGUGGUGGUGAUGGGGCGGUAUGAGAUGAAUACUAUGCUGAGGGCCAUUGAGCAGUACAAGGUGACACAUUUGUUUGUCGUGCCCCCUGUCGCUGUGGAGCUGAUCAAGAAGCAGGAGACGGUGAAGGAGUACAACGUUUCGACGUUGAGGGAGAUCAUGUCUGGAGCAGCUCCAUUAGGGAAGGACAUGAUAGAAGCAUGCUCCAAGAUUUUUCCACAAGCUGUUGUAUGUCAGGCCUAUGGCAUGACAGAAGCCACAGGAGUUAUCUCACUGGAAAACAGAAGGAUAUGUUCAGCUCAUCCAGGCUCUGUGGGGCCACUUGCUCCCAGUGUUGAAGCUCAAAUAGUAGAUUCAGAAACAAUGCAACCUCUCUCUCCUUUUAAGACAGGUGAAAUAUGGAUUAAAGGUCCACUUGUGAUGAAAGGCUAUUGGAACAACCACAAGGCGACUAUGGAAACUAUAGACAAGCAAGAUUGGUUGCACACAGGAGAUGUUGGGUAUUUUGAUGACGAGGGACGACUCUAUAUUGUAGACCGCGUAAAAGAGCUCAUCAAAUAUAAAGGCUUUCAGGUUGCACCAGCGGAGCUAGAAGAGCUGCUUCUCACUCAUCCUGAAAUAGUGGAUGCUGCUGUUAUAGGAUUAGGUGAUGCAGAAGCUGGAGAAAUUCCAAUAGCAUAUGUUGUGAGAUCAUCCAAUAGUUCACUAACAACACAACAAGUUGGGCAGUUUAUUGCAGAACAGGUUGCACCAUUCAAGAGGUUGAGGAGGGUGAUUUUUACUAAACAAAUACCGAGAUCAACCACAGGGAAGAUUUUGAGAAAGGAGCUUCGACAAAAAGUUGUAGCAAAACUCUAAGCAACAUAUAUAUUGGAUUAUCCAAUGCAAUUCAAAGCAAAUGUUGCCUCUCCAAUCAGCUACAACCAACUAAAACUGCAAGAGCAAUUUUCCAAUUCCUGGGAUAUACUUCUUCAGUCAAUGAUAAAACUUCCUAGAAGGGAAUGACAUGGGUUUUAAGACGAGAUUAUUAUUAAGUAUAUUGAGAAUGGUAAAAAAAUGUUUGUAUAUAUUAUUUUAAUUUGUAUUAAAA